AUGUCCGAAUCUGCAAGAGUAAGUGAGGAUUUCGAUAGCCAAGCCGUUGAAGUUCAAAGUAUGAACAAUUCCGAAUAUUACGCGGCUGUACACGAACGGAUGGAAGAGCAACGAAAGCAAGAAUUGCUGAUUACAGCUAGAUAUAUGGAGGAAAACGCAGAGGUUGUAGACUCCAAUAACCAAGCCGGAACUAGCGUCGCUUCAUCUACAUCGGGUGGAAUUGAAACUAUGCGCAGUUCUGAAUACGAGGCCAAGAAGGAACGGAUGGAAGUCCAACCAAAGCAAGUAUUAUUUCAGAAUAAGGAUGCCAACAACACAGUUAGAGAUUUCGCGGAAAACCUCGAGAACAUGGAGGAAAUUCGCAAGAAGGUUGUUGCGAGUCUCUUAGACGAAACCGAUUCGAAGGUUUAUCGAGAUAUGGGAGCCUCAGCAUAUGCAAUGGGUAACUUUCAGGAUGCCAACGCGUAUUUUGGGAUGUCACUUGUGAUUGAUAUGGCCAACUGCGAGAUAUUGUCCAAGGAUUCUGCUGAAACACAUAAGAUGAUUGGAACUCUCUAUAUGCAAACUGAAAAGUCGGAGAAAGGCAAGAGACACUUGGCUAUGGCUCUCGAGAUUCAUCAAAGUCUAGCUCAAAAGCCAAAAGAAGAGGGACAUGAAAACCAAAAAGAAAGUGUACAAGACCAGGUAUCUGUGGCUGAUAUUCGAAAUGCGAAGGGUAGAUUAUUGUACGAGAACGAAGAAUAUCCUCUAGCACGAGAAGAGUUGGAUAGAGCACGAGGAGAGUUGGAUGGAGCCCGAGAAUUGUUGAAGAGUUUGAAUAAAUUGGAUGGAGCCCGAGAAUUGCUGAAAAGUUUGAAUAACAAUUUUAGGAUGGUGGAAGCCGUGAACCACAAGAACAUGGGGCUAGUUUGUCGCAAAUCUCGUGAUUUGGCUGCUGCUAAGAAAGAGUUUCAGACAAGUUUGGAUAUCUUUCAGACUGUGGACUUACCUUCGAAAAAGCGAGUUGAAGUCGGAGAGACUUACAAUAGUCUAGCAAAUGUAUACAAAGAAGAGGGUGACGCCAGGAACGCGAUUCUUAACUACAUUGAAGCCAUCAAAAUCUACGCUGAUACAGCAGAUCAAAACAUUGCCCUUGCAACCACAUAUAAUAAUUUGGGGUAUCUAUCAGCAAUGUUUGGAAAGCCACAUACCUCCGAGAUUUUUUAUGAAAGGUCUCUGGCAAUCAAGAAGGCAGCUCUUGAAGAGGAAAAUGCAAGGGCAAAUGGUAAGGAAUCGAGUUCUGCAAAGAUGCAAGUUGCCAAGAUUUACUAUUAUAUUGGAAGCGUGAAGCAGAAGAAAUCUGAAUUCAAAGAAGCCAUAGCUGAACUCGAGAAGGCACUUUCGAUGAUGCGAGAAGCUCUCGGUGAAGAUCACUCAAAGAUGGCCAAUAUCUAUGAUUCCAUUGGCAACUGUUAUAUGGAGAUGGAAGAGAAGGAACUGGAGAAAGCAGAGGAGUGUUUUCAAAAGUCCUUGCAAAUCAAACAGAGAGCACUUCGAAUUGAUGAUCCAUCGGUUCAAAAUGACGUUUUCGUCAUGCCCGGUGCGACUAAGACAGAUCGUUCGGGAGCAAGUUCUGGAGGCGCCUUCCCUUCCAUUGAUGCAAUGCUGUUCAAGGAGGGCGAGGAGGACAUCUUCGAGAAAGAGGAUUGGAAGGAAAAACUUAAAGAUGCCCUGAAACGUGACGGACAAUAUCAUUUGGAAAGCGCGAGUAGUAACAAGGAAGCAAUUCGAGGACGGCACAAUGAAUACCAAUAUUUGAAUUUUCAGCGAGCAUUGAAACCAGAUUUGGAGGACUAUACUCUUAUGGGGAACCACCCGUG